CUGUCUAUAGACUUUCUGAGCCUUGCCCCGGAAUGAGAUGGCGUCCUGACCUCGGUGUAGAUGUCUGUCGGGAAUAGUACAAGUGCUACUUGUUAGUUGCGGGUUGUCCUGGCGUUAUGAACAGCGUGGGGGAGGAAUGCACCGAAAUGAAGCGCGAAUAUGAUCAGUGCUUCAACCGGUGGUUCGCGGAGAAGUUUCUUAAAGGGGAGGGCAGCGGGGACCCGUGUAACCAGCUGUUCCUGCGCUACCGGCAUUGUGUUCAGAAAGCCAUUAAGGACAAGGAGAUCCCGGUGGACGGAAUAGAGUUCAUGGGACCGAGCAAGGACAAAGCAGAGUCUAACGAGGGCUCGUGACAGACAGCGGGGGCCCUAAUAGUGGCCCCGGCCUCGCACUGCUGCGGACUGCUAUCACAUGCAUAAGACUGGCUUAUACCCUGACAUCAGGCCAUGGUGAUGUGGGGGGUCUGGGCCCUGCAGCCCCCUUUGUUAUACCUGCCCUUGAAGGGGUUCCAGGCUUCUCAGGGAAGGAUGCGCUAGGUGUUUCUUCAGCUUCUGGAACGUUCCUCCCUGUAUAGAACAAUACAUGCCUUCUAUAUCUCUAGAAUUGCUUUCACUGGGUCCAUCAAGAAUACAUCAAUGCUGUUAGUUUUUCCAAGAAAAAACACAGAUUUUCAGCAGGGAAUCUGUAUUUGAGAACCUGGAACCGUUCCAAAAACAUACGCAAAGGAUUGUUAUGACUGAUCCAUGUUUACCUUGCAACUAGGCAAAUAUAAAAAGAAAGAAACAAG